AUGUCGAACCGCAACCGCCUUUCCUUGCAGGAGCUCAGGGAGGACAAGAAGCUCCUCGAUGCUGUGUGCGACGAGGACCAGUCGGCCGAACUCACACCCGAGUGGUUUGAACAGAAUCUCCACAGGCAGGUGACCGAAGCGGAGCAGAGGACUAUUGACUUAGAUAGGGAGAAUACUGUCCUCAAGCACCAGCUCAGUGCGCUGAGGAACGCGCUGGAGGAGACAGAGAAAGACAUCCUCGAACAUCAAAGAGAGCUAAAAAAUACACGGAAAGACCUUAAAGCGAGCAAGGAGAAAAACAAAAAGAAGAAGAAGGACCUCAGGAGAGAUCUCGAGAAUGCUAACAAGAAAUCCGCUAUAUGGAGGGAAAGGUCUACACUGGCAGAAAAUUUGCUCAACGAGGCUAAGACCACACUUCGAGAUUUCGAGAAAAAGCUACAGCAUCGCAACACAUCUUUCUCAACUCUACAAGAUACCACCCGCAAGGCCUGCAAGAAAGCACAGGAAGAGAAAAGAGAGCUUGGACGUCAACUGAGGAAUGAAAGCUACAACGCUGGGAAACUGUGUAAAGUGACCAACACCUUGGAGAGGGAGAACGAAUUGCUCAAAGAGAAACUCCGCAGAGUUGUGCGGACAGCGAAUGAACAGGACAAGCUGAUGGGUAUCUCUAUGAAAGGCAAGUCAGGUUCAAACAACAAUGGCAAGAAAAGAAAUGACAGGAAUAAUCAGAGGGACCUCGAGAUGGUCGAUAUCCUGGAUGAAAAGAGCCAGAGCAAAGCCUUGGCAGGGUUUGGCAAGAGAUUGUCGUCCUUUUCCAAAUACGCAAGCUCAUUCGCGGGGUUCGAAAGUCAGGAUGCUAAUCUGCACAAUGAGCUUGACAUGCAGGACUUCCAUUCUGACUCCGACAUCAAUACUAACACGGGUUUCGGAGGGAAGUGGUGGGUUGACAAGCCGCCGCCGAAGAAGGAGAUGCCCAAGGGCUACGUUGCCCAACUUUGGAAUUCGUUCCGCGAGAAUAUACUCGUGGAUGAGGGCGUUAGCAGCUGGCCUGCACCCAAGCCACGGGUCCCCCUCCCGGACCCGUCAACCGAGCCCAGACUGCCCGCCAUAAUUAACGCUCGGAAAAGGGGAUAUGGCAGUCUGGGCCUCGACGAUGCUGCCAUGGCACCCGACGCGGUAGGCGAGGUGGGGGAGGGGAUCAAGCGGAUGCGUAUGGAUGAGCUACCUUCGGGAUGGCCAUCCAAGGAGCCGGAUAGCGGCUUCAUGGCUAUUACGAAGAUGCUCGAUGACUUGAACGUCUCGCGGGCCUAUCUCGACGAGAUGACUCCGGAAAUGGCGCUGGAGAAGUGCCUGACGAUCAUCCGGGACGCAUUGCAGACGAAAAUGGAGCGCACCCCGACGAUCGACGAGCUGCUGCAGUCUGUGGUCUGGUACUUGCAACAGUCCACCGUCGUCAACCGCGGCCCGCUAGACAUCCAGCCCCAGGUCAAACCGGUCCAGCCGCCGCUGGUGCCCGAAGCCCGCGUGAUCUCCAUCAAGUCCCCAACCGAGCAGGCUUCCACGACCCCGACGAAGUUCCUCCCGCGCGAGAAGACGAAAUUCGUCGGCCCCAGUUACCUCCCGCCCACGCACAAGCCCACGCACUUGAGACACAGCUUCCCACCCACAGCCAAGCAAUGGACGAAACUGUCCCAGGACAAGGAAUUCGCGGACGCAGUGGAAGUCAAGACUCAGGAGGGCCCAGAGUAUGUUCUUAUGCCGACGGAGACACGUGAUUUCAGGAAAUUUUCAGGCGCAGUCGACGACCCCAAGAAGCCGCUGCUCGGUACGGUUACUUGGAGUUGCAUAAGCGCAGGGGUUUGCGUCCUUGCAUAUAUCUGCGUUAACAACAUCUUGUCGAGCUCCGGUGAUACGUCAUCCUGGUUGCACUCGAAUGAGAUCCCUCUGCAGUUCAUGCGACUGGUGCGCAGCAGCCAGAUUUCGCAUGACCAGCUGUUGCAGCAGGUGCAAUAUGGUGCGGCCAAGAUGGCUGAUAUCAACGCGAGCAUGUUGGGUUGA